AUGUCGAGUAUAACGCUGUCAUCCGCAGUGCGGGCGAACCCGCGCCUUGUUAGCUCCUCGUUGGAAAAGAUGACCUGCAACGCGCAGGGGAUUACCGUGGUGGAUAUCUACCCCUCUGUGCUGUCGGCCCUGACCGCGAAGAGUGCACCUGUUAGUGUCGCCGAGAGUGCUCGUGUGCUUGUGCAGGCUUCUCGAUGCAGUCGUCGUGCACAGCAACGGAGCGCCGAGAGCGACUGCGACCAUGUCCUGCAGAGGCAGGCCACCUCCUCUGGCCUCGCCGCCAACCCUGGCGUGGGCAGCAGCAGUAACUCACCAGCCAAGAAAAAGAAACCGGCAGCCAACGAGGACUCCUACUUGAGUUGCUUCAAUGUAGGUAUUGCCAUGAGUCUGCACACAGUGCUGCUCUCGCGCAACCGCAUCUCGAACCUGCUGGGCAUAGUGCAGUUCAGGCACUGCGUUUGCCUGUCACUUCUGGGCAACCGCAUCCAAACCAUCGAGGAUUGCGAGCCACUCGCUAUGCUGCCUGAUUUACAAUACCUUUCACUGGAGUACAAUCCAGUGACACGGCUGCCACACUAUCGCGCACAUCUGCUGCGGAUCUGCUCGUGGCCGCAGGAAGUGUCCCCGAGCACCUGUCGACUGCGCAAACUCGACAGCUCCGCCGUCACAACAGCAGAAGUGAAACAUGCAGCAUUGUGCCUUCUGCGGGAAUCAGCUCUGCUGCCAGAGUUGCUCUACCGCAUGCAGCUCCUGGCAUUUCUGGUGGACAUCGAAAAGCGUCAGCGACUGCACCGCGAGUUGCGCCAACGCGGCCACGUCUUUCAUGACUUGGGCGAACCGGCAAGUAUGGAGCUGCUGCUGGAGCGGGGGGUAGCGCACGCACUGUCCCGGGUCGGGGUUGCUGGGGCGGCGCACAUGGCUCGCCAGCUUGUGCGCGAUCGUCGUCGUCUGUGCACAACCUCGGGUUCUUGCAGUGAGCGCAACAGUGCGCAACCCGCCGGAGCAAAAGCACCACGCGCGCGCAUCCACACAAGCGUCACAGAUAAGAAAGGCGCAUGUGAGGUCGCAGACGAGAAAUGUGGCAGGGCAGCCGACAUCAUGUCCACCACGGUCGCUUACUUUGGAUCCGACCCCAUAGACCCGAGCGAGAUUACGAACCUCAGCACUGUUUCCUCUUGCUCGCUGCUUUCGGACACCUCAUCCACCCACGCGAAUGUGCUGCAGUCGCUAUCGCACCUGCUUUCCAGCAAGGAGCUGGACUGGAGUCGGAGGUCCUUGCGCCGCGCUGACACCUCUGAGGCGGCCGACACGUGUAAGGCCUGGUCGAAGGAUGCAUUCCGGCAGACGAUCGUCUCUCUUGAUGUCCACUUGUGCACACUGCUCCUGCGCAUCUCGCGCGUUGUGGGGCAGACGCUGACGUCCCACGAUGUCGACCGCCUCUGCGAGGUAUGGCUGCAUGCCGUCUCGCAUUGCGCGCCGGCGGCGACGGCGGCAGCAGAGUUUAACGCGACGGGGCCGCGGCGGCUGGUCGUUCAAUUCGGUACCGCAGCAGCGAAGUGCAAGACUACCAAGAGAGGUGUCGCAGAGGACCGGGUAGAGGUGAAACAACAGGGAGCCAGCCUUGGCACAAAAGUCACUGGCUGUAUACCGGUAGAGGCAGUGGCAGAGGCGCAAACGAGCGUCUUGGACGCGCUUGAAAAGGAAUCACCAUCUCUCCUUAGCACCCCAUCGUCACCGUCGCAGCUCGACCACCGCAAUGCGCAGGACGUGACGAUAGAAUGCACAAGGGUGUCCAUGACGUCGUCUUCGAACGCUGGGUUGCUGCCUAGGGACGUGGUUCCGCGUCCCACUGCUCGCCCCCAAACCGACCGGACGCAACUGCCGGUGCCGGACUGCGAGGCCGCAGGACACACAGACGCAAACGCUACAGUUCACGCUGUCCCGCAAGACUCGGUCUCGUUGAAGGAAUCUGCUUGCGUCGAGUCUCUUCACGCCUUUGAGGUGCUCGCGCGUCGACGUUGCAAGCGGCGAGUUGUUCAGCAGUGGUGCUCGGCGCUGCGACAUCGUUGGCAAACACGCAUUGGCGCCGCAUACAUCCGUGAAAAGGUCAGCGACGGCGCUGCUGCACACCUGCGGAGUCCGUCCUGGGGUGGCCUUAUUGCCCAGGUGACCUACGUUGAGCGCAAGCGCGGCUUCUUUACCCUUUGGCGGCGGCGAAUGCAGCUACACCGGCUCUUCCGCACGCGGCAGCUCCGUAGAGUGUGGAACCUGUUUCGCCAAAAAACGGCAGCAUCGUCCAUUCUACGCCUGCGGUGCAAGCAGACAUCUGCACUGGUGGCGCAGCACCUGCUGGACGUGGCGUUUCGCACAUGGAAGUUCAAGGCGGAAAAGAGGGCAAGCGAGCGGUGUACGGCAGCUCGGCGCCGCGUCUUGGCUGAUGUGCCACACAGUACAGGCAACCUCUUUGCGCUAGCACCCCCCGCACCGGUAAUGCCGCACCUGGCCACCCGUACACCGUCGCCGCGCAUUACGGUGCUGUGCCACGCCCUGGCGGACGCUCUAACGCCUAGCAGAGAAACCUGCAGCACAGCGACACCUGUACCAUCUCUCACCUCAGCGCCUGAUGAGGAUGCUGCAGACACGCCCGUAGCACUGGCAGCAUGCCCUGUCAUCACCUCUGUCUGGCGUCCCUCAGCAGCCCGCAAGAGGCGCACAUGCCCACCGCACUCUCCAGAGUCCGUGAGCGUAAAAGAAAUGCGUAACGACUCCUGUGCGCACAGCUCUUCUGACGAAGAAGCAGGGCUUUCCGCUACGGGAACCUCGCUAAAAGCUGGCCUCAGCGCCACAAGCGGUGCAGCCACACCGUUCCUCCGGGCUACCUCGCCGAAGUGGUGGCAGCAGCCGCAGCCAGUCUGCAAUGCCACGAAGGCCCAAGUACUGUACAGUGGCCCCACCCGUGAGCUUCCGCAGCCGCCAGCAAUGCGUAUUCUUUUUCCAUCCGAGACGAGGAACCAGAUCAGUGGGCCGACUCGAUGCAUCCACAACGCUGACGCCGCUACGGCGCAACCAGGGCCCUCACCACCGUCUUCAGGACAGCCUCCAUUCGCACUUCCGGGGGUUGGGUCAUCCCCCGCUGUGUUGGUGCCUCCAGUAAGGUCAACUUCUCCCAGGCUCUACGACGUUUCAAAGCCGAGUUGCCUUCCCUCCACCACAACUGCCCGUCGAGCCAUUGUGCAGUCAUUGUCUAGGGCGGAGAAGCUGACAGACGCACCGGGCGAAGUGGAAUCGCCGUACCCUGCUGCUGAUGUGGAGGCUUUGGUGGAGCUGGCGAAGCAGCUUGAGACCGAUCGCGGCUACCUCAUAGAAACUCUACGGAGCCUUCACCUCUCUCAGCAGAGGCACUGCACACAGGAAAGGCUGCCACAAUCGCACGCAUCCUACAGAGUCGAUUCUAUACUACCGCCCUCACCAGGGCCGCCGGCGCCCUCCUUCACGGUUGUCGAGCAACUGGAAGGGCAGUGCGCCUCUCUGGAAACGGAGGUACAUCGAUUGGAGAAGCUUGUGGCUGCACUACAAGACGAGCGACACCAAUUCCUGGAGACUAUUCAACAUAAGAUGUUUUGUGAAAGAGCAUGA